AUGGAUGCUCCAACGACAUCUCCCGAUCCACCAAGUUUACCACCAGGAGUUUCAAGAGCAUCCGCUGUGACAAAUAGCUUGAGAAAGACAACAAUGAGUUUGAAGAGAAGUUUCAGAUUCAAAAAGUCGGAUGAAUCGAGAAUGAGUUUCGAGCACCGUUCAGUUGUCCGGCUCUUCAGCAACAGCUCCACAACUUCAAAUGGAAGCCGGAAAACAUCUGUGCCAUCAGCGGUUCUCGCCUCAGCUCCAUUGAUGUCUGCAGCUAUUGGUGAUGGACUUGGUACACAACUUUAUACUUUGUUCAACUGCUUACACUUUAUCACCACAAGUUGCAUCCCAGUAGAGUUACCAUUUUUAGAUGAGUUCGAAAACGAAAACAAAAAACACUACUACUAG